UUCUCUUGGAGGUUUUCUGUCUCCCCAGCACAGGGGGGUGACCCAUGUCUGGAUUCUCUCUCUAUCCCAGCAGGUGACACCCGGAUGGUGAGUGAGAAAGGGGAGGUUUGCUGUGGUUGGCCACAGACCAAAGCCUGUGAGAGUCAGCGCAGAGCGGAGGAAACCGUCAGGAGCCACUCACACCUUAUUAGACAUCGGAGCAUCCUCACGGGCGAGAGACCCUACCCAUGCGCUGAGUGUGGGAAAAGCUUCAGCCAGAGCUCCUCCCUUAUUAGACACCAGAGAAUCCACACGGGCGAGACCCCGUACGCAUGUGCAGAGUGCGGGAAACGCUUUAGUCAGAGCUCAUCCCUUGUCAGCCACCAGAGAAUCCACACCGGCGAGACGCCCUACACCUGCGCCGAGUGCGGGAAAUGCUUCCGGCGGAGCUCAAAUCUGAUCAUGCACCAGAGAAUCCACACGGGCGAGACGCCCUACACCUGCGCCGAGUGCGGGAAAUGCUUCCGGCGGAGCUCAAAUCUGAUCAUGCACCAGAGAAUCCACACGGGCGAGACACCCUACACCUGCGCCGAGUGCGGGAAAUGUUUCCGGCGGAGCUCAGGCCCUGUCAUUCAUCAGGGAAUACACAUGGGAGAACACCAUAAAUGUCUUGACUAA